UCGUCACCGCAAGCACCUCCCUUGCCACCACCUGUCCCGUUCACACUUCAUCCAUGGACUCACACCCCCACCUACCUCACACAAAUGGAGCUUGAAAAUCAAGGGAGGUGGAGAGAGAAGUAGUAAGGACAGAGUGUCACCAAUAUAAGAACUAACUUAAACUUGUGUGUGCUGUGGUAAAUACCGAGACGACCCCAUUUGGAUACAUAACCCACAUGGCUGGUGUAUGAGAGGCUCGUAUACUGUUAGCCGAGAUCGAUGUAAUAGUAUGGUACAGUACCGGUAACAGUGAAUCUGGACAUAUGAAGCAGCGACCUACUUGGGUAUAGUCAGUCGUCUAGAAACUGUUGUUACUCCACUCCUUGACGUCAGUUCCUCGGUGAUCUACUUAGAAUUUAUUGUUAAGGGAUUAUCUGGAAAAAAAACUAAUUCUGGUCGAUCACUUGGGGGCUCCCUGUCGUUACGAUGGGUGCGAAAAAAAGGCAAAAAGAGGACUCCAGCAACACCCUGGAUGUGGCGGCUUCUCCUCCUGAUCGAACUGAGUCACCUAAUAUUCUGACCAAGAUUCAGCAGGACCUCGACGACCUGGACAAAGAUGAGCUGGAACAGAUCCUCAACGACGAGGAGAAGCGAUUCCUCCUGUAUGUGGAACGUGGCGACGUAGCCUCUGUCAUGCACAUACUCAAGAAGGCCAAGAAAGAAAAUCAGAAGAAAGUGGGCGCCUUCAAUAUCAACUGCCUGGACCCUCUGGGACGCUCCGCUCUUAUCAUCUCCAUCGAGAAUGAGAACUUGGAGAUGGUAGAACUGCUGCUGAGUGAGAAAAUUGAGCCAAAGGACGCUCUGCUGUUUUCUAUCGCUGAGGAGUACGUGGAGGGGGUGGAAACCCUCUUGGCCCACGAGGAGUCGACCCAUAAACCAGGAGAACCCUACUCGUGGGAGCUAACCAACUUCGAGAGGACGAACUUCACCCCGGACAUCACACCGCUCAUCCUCGCCGCUCACAAGAACAACUACGAGAUUCUCAAGUUGCUACUGGACCGUGGCGCCACCCUGCCCAUGCCCCACGAUGUCAAGUGUGCCUGUGACGAAUGCAUUGAGGCUAGUGAUGAGGACUCCCUCAGACAUUCCCACUCGAGAAUCAACGCGUACAAGGCUCUCUCGUCUCCGUCCCUCAUCUGCCUUUCCAGCAAGGAUCCGCUCCUCACUGCCUUUACCCUGAGCGAGGACCUCAAUAACCUGGCCAGCAUGGAGAACGAGUUUAUGGACGAGUACACGUCCCUGAGGGAGAAGGUGCAGGAGUUUUCAAUGGCGCUGGUGGACGAGACCCGAACCACAACCGAACUGGAGAUAAUAUUGAACUACGACCCUGAAGGUGAACCGUACAGGCGAGGUGACUUCAUGCACCUCGCCAGGCUUAAGGAGGCAGUCAGCAAUAACCAGAAAUCGUUCGUGGCCCAUGCCAAUGUACAACAGCUGUUGGGCCGAGUGUGGUACGACGGUAUGCCGGGGUUCAAGCGACGUACCCUCCUGCAGCAGCUCCUGGAAAUCUUCAAGAUAGGCUGCAUCUUCCCCGUGUACUGCCUCGCCUUCCUCUUCGUUCCCAAUUCCUCCUACACCAAUGCUAUGAAGAAACCUUUCAUAAAGUUUAUUAUCCACUCAUCCUCCUACUGUACCUUCCUCUUACUGCUGGUCAUCGUAUCGUUACGUCUGGAAACGCUGGUGAUCGAGCUCUUUGGUAACGAGUGGAUGUUACAGCGGCUGGAACAGUACGAGAGGGAGGCACGGGGUGGCUUUCCCUCCUUGGUGGAGGUUCUCAUUGUUAUCUUCGUCUUCGGCUUCAUAUGGGGCGAGAUGACGACGCUGUGGGAAGAUGGCCUCACUGAGUACAUAAAGGACCUCUGGAACAUCGUCGACUUCAUCACCAACUUUUUCUACAUGAACUGGAUUUUCCUGCGGCUGACUGCAUAUUUCCUGACUCAGCGGGCGAUGUGGCAAGAUCAUGACCCCUACUUUCCGCGAGAAAUGUGGCCCGACUUCGAUCCCAUGCUUAUAUCUGAAGGGAUGUUUGGUGCUGGCAACAUCUUGAGUUUUCUGAAGUUGGUACACAUCUUCAGCGUCAGCCCGCACAUGGGGCCUCUCCAAAUCGCUCUUGGCAGGAUGGUGAUCGACAUUAUCAAGUUCUUCUUCAUCUACACGCUCGUGCUCUUUGCCUUCGGCUGUGGUCUGAACCAACUGCUGUGGUAUUAUGCGGAUAUGGACAAGGCCAAGUGCUACUCCCUCCCUGGUGACCAGAAGAACCCCAAAGAAGACCAGUCUUGUGCUGUUUGGCGAAGGUUUUCAAACUUGUUUGAGACGUCUCAGUCGCUGUUCUGGGCAUCGUUUGGGCUGGUGGACCUGCAGGUGUUUGAGUUGACAGGGAUCAAGUCAUAUACUAGGUUCUGGAGUAUGCUCAUGUUCGGCUCUUACAAUGUGAUCAACGUGAUCGUCCUCCUCAAUCUGCUUAUUGCUAUGAUGUCCAACUCUUACGCCUUCAUCUGUGCUAAGUGUGACAUGGAGUGGAAGUUCGCUCGGGCCAAGUUGUGGAUGAGUUAUUUUGAGGAGGGACGCGAGAUGCCCGCACCCUUCAACCUGGUGCCCAAGUUCAGUUCCCUCUUGGCACUCAAUAAGGGUAAAUCCCGGGCGUCCUUCAAGAAGAGGCAAGAAACUCUUCGUGAGACUCAGUAUCAGGGGGUGAUGAGGAACCUGGUACGGCGAUACGUGACCGCGGAACAGCGCAAGUCAGAGGAACGACUCAUCAACGAGGAUGACAUCAAUGAGGUGAAGCAGGAUAUCACUUCCUUCAAGUAUGAACUCAUGGACAUCCUGAGGAUGAAUAACUGGAAGCUUGGCACUCACAAGACUGAUGGCUUAUCUGCUAUGGGCAAGAAACACCAGGCAAGAGAGCGCCGGCUGAUGAAGGGCUUCAACAUUGGUCUGGUGGAGGGUCUCGACGCCACUAUCGCGGCCGGUGUCCAGAAGUCCCUCAGUAUCUUCACUAACCUCCACUUAAAGAACAAGAAGAAGAAGGACUGGAACCAGAUGGUCCGUACGCGCUCGGAGAGACGAGAUCAUAUCGGCUCCAGCAAGACGAGCAUUCAGCGCCAGACACUACGGGUCUGUACGAGGCAAAACAGCAAAACUUGGAAAGCUGUUCAGUUCUACCAGAAGCGUGGAGUGUUCAUGGGAGGAGAAAUCAACCCUACGAUGCUCAACGAGGUAACGAAAUCUCGCCAAUCAGAAUCGGAUAUUGUACAGAGAUACGGUAGGGGCUGGUGUGUGCUGCACAACCUCCGCGCCAAAGGUGAGAUGACACGUGAUGGCCUGCAAGCACGGAUUAAUGAGAGUUCAUCGUCUGGUAAAUCCUCCCCCACCAACCUCUCCGCAUCGCCAAAGAGACCGGUUCCAAAUGGCUCGCCGGGCAAACCUGCUGCAAAGUCGAAAUCAGUGUUGACGAAACCAUCAGAAUCACCUAGACCAGUGGGAACUAAGCCAAAUGAAUCAGCUAUAAGUAAACCAACGGAUACAUCUAAGCCACCAGUGACUAAGCCAACUGAAGCGCCUAAACCACCAGUGACUAAGCCAGCUGAACCAGUGACUAAACCAACGGAUACAUCUAAGCCACCAGUGACUAAGCCAGCUGAAACACCUAAACCACCAGUGACUAAGCCAAUUGAAACACCUAAACCACCAGUGACUAAGCCAGCUGAACCAGUGACUAAACCAACGGAUACAUCUAAGCCACCAGUGACUAAGCCAGCUGAAACAACUAAACCACCAAUGACUAAGCCAACUGAAGCGCCUAAACCACCAGUGACUAAGCCAACUGAAACACCAAAGCCAACAGUGACUAAGCCAACUGAAACACCAAAACCACCAGUGACUAAACCAGCUGAAGCAUCACCUAAGCCAGCAGCCCCAACAACACCUGGAAGAAGCGCGGCAACACCACUAAAAGCUUCCCCAGUCUCUCAACCAUCAACACCUUACCCAGCGACACCAACGCCUGAGCCCCUGGUGUCUGGAGUGUCGCUGGUCACCAAGCAGAAGAGAACUGGAUGGCUGUAGCUCUCCACUACUCACUCAGCAGCUGUGCCAGGGUAAGGCUUAUGCCAAGUUCGGGUUUGUGCCAAAUAAAUGGUCUUGUUCCCACCACUCUUCUAGCAGACGUGCCAAGAACAGUGUUAGUGCUGGUCACUAGAUCUUGUCGGCGGUUAAGGUUAGCUACCACAGUGCCUCGACUCACUGACCACAGUAUUCACUAAUGUUAUUCUGUAGUUUUGAAAGGAAAUAUUAAUUUUUUCUCAAUGAUGUACAUUACGCUCGUGUAACUUCCUUGUUGUGGACAAGGAUGUAGGCUGAGUAUAUUAAAAAAAAGUGCUUACUUAAGGAUAGUAUGCUACUUCUAACAAGGAAAAUGAAAACAUAAAAAUGUUUCAAUAUAUUACGUUUAGACAGUUUAAGUGCACUUAAAGUAUACAUGUUGAUACAAAUGUCAAAUGAGAUUUGUUCUUGAUGCAAAUUAAUAAUUCACUCGAAGAAUGAUUUUUUUUGCGUUAAUUCGUGUGUUAACUAGUAAAGUUUAAUCAUAAAAUUUUUUGUAAAACAACUUUUUAUUCGUCACAUAUAUGUUUAAAUUUAACAUUACUGUAUUGGAAAACU